UGCAAUCGCUACAAAAAUUUCUAAAUUAAACAACUUGAUUCAUUGAUUUGAUUUGGCUCAAAUGUUUGUUGAAAUUUUAUAAUUCUCUUUGUCAUUCAAGUUCGUCUAGAACCAAGAAAAUCCGCUGUUAUAUUUUGGCACAUUAAUUUAACUGUCAACACUUCCCUCCCUCCUCUAGCCAAGUGUUUACAUUCAACCAAACAAGCAUUUUCAACGCGGGAUUUUAGCUUAUUCGUCGUAUCAACAAGAUAUUCACCAAUGGAAAUCACCAAGAAAAAUUUCAACGAUGAAUUACCGUCCAUUCGGGAGGCCAUCCAGGAAGCGUCAUUCUUUGCGAUGGACUGCGAGUUUACCGGCUUAGCAUCCGAUCGUUUAAUCUUUCCGUUCGAUACUCCGGAGGAGGUGUAUCUGAAGACAAUCGAAGCUAGCCCUCAGUACAUAAUAGUCCAAUUUGGUUUGUGCGCGUUCCGCGUCGAACCGCCGGCAGAGGGGGAUGAGAGUAAGGCACCACCUCGAGUGACCUACAAAUGCUACAAUUUCUACUGCUACCCGAAAGGGCGCACGCAUGUAUUCAGCUGCCAGGGGGAAAGUAUGCGAUUUUUGGCGGACAAUGGUUUCGAUUUCAACAAACUGUUUCGCGAAGGCCUAUCGUAUGCUUCCGAAGCCGACGAGCAGCGUUUCCGUGCGGAAGUGAAAGAGCGUCAAGCAGCACGAGCGGCCGUGCUACAGGCGGCUGCCGAUGAGAACUCUACCGAAACAGAUUCGAAGCCAACAGAGUCGGACAUCAGUAUGAUUCCGGUGCCGGAGGAAAAUCAGCAGCAAGUGGACGAUACUGAUGCACGCAUCAGCGCAUUUUUACAGUCGGAGGAAAAGGAACUCAUUGUAGGAAAUGGCAAUGCAUUCCAGCGAAAACUCAUAUAUCAGAUGAUUGAACAGCGUUACACGGGAAAAGUGUCCACUUCGACUGUAACGCUCGAGGACAACCAGAAAGCCAUCAAGGUGGAACGGAAACGUACUGCUGAGGCAGAACAAGCCUUCGAACAAGAGCGAAUAGCUAAGGAGAAUGAGGAGUUGGAUUCGAAGGUUGGCCUUUCCUUGGUACUGCAGGAGCUUUCGAAGGCACGCAAGCUCAUUGUUGGUCAUAACAUGCUGCUGGAUUUGCUGUACAUUCUGAGACAGUUUUUCAAACCACUGCCAACUGACUACAAAGAGUUCAAGAAGCUGACAAAAGAAAUAUUCCCUAUAAUACUGGACACUAAGUACCUGUGCACAAAUGCAGAGAUUAAAGUCAACGUAAAUUCGUCCGUGCUAGCGCACGUGUACGAUGCGGUUAGACAACCGCCGUUUUCCAUUCCGGAUGUAAAACCUGCACUGCCGGCCCACGAGUAUAACGUGGAAAACGGUAAGCAGCAUGAAGCUGGCUAUGAUGCGUAUCUGACUGGAAUGUGCUUCCUGGGACUUGUAAGCCGAUUCGAAGUCGAUCUGCAGAAUCCCACGAAAGAUCCCGUGUUGAGAAAAUAUUUGAACAGAAUUUUCAUCUUACGGCUUGCAGACAUUAAUUACAUAUAUCUUAAUGGGAGCGAACCUACACACUCCCGGGAUCACGUGUUUUACGUAACCUUCCCAGAGACCUGGCGGUCGAACGACCUGGUUGCCAAGUUCAAACCCUUCGGAUCUGUACACUUAACCUGGAUGGAUAACACGUCAGCGUUUGUCACGUUGCACAAUCGCACUGCCUCGAGCUUGGUAUUAAAAACCAUCGGCUACCAUACCGGAUUUUCGAUCUACAGUUUCGCUCAGUUCUCGCAGAUGAAAUUCACACUGGAGUUAAACGAGGACGAAACAGUUCGACUGGUGCAGUUGCAACAGGAUCAAGUGAGCCUGGAGGAAAGAGUGAUGCAAACGGACAAAAAAAAGAAAAAGAAGAAGCUAAAAAGCAAAAAGUAGCCGAUAACGGAGCGAAGCGUACGGCCGACGAUAAGAAACCGGACGACGAUCCAGCCGGCGGUGGCUGGCAAACGGUAAAGAGAUCCCGAACAACCUUCAAGGAUAACGACGAAUGGUAAGGACUGACGACAUGCAUACUGCCGACUGCUCCCAACGCCACUAAGGAUUUUACGCACUGGUCUUUGCCGUGGAAUAAUUCGAUGUCGAUACUUUGAAGCGAUUGUUGAGAAGAUUGAAAUUUUAAAUGGAAUAAAAUUUAAUUAAAACAAA